AACAAUUCAAGACACUACAGCAGCUCUACCAACAAUCAAGGACACUACAGCAGCUCUAACAACAAAUCAAGACCCUACAGCAGCUAUGACAACCCAACCAGACACUACACCAGCUCUAACAACAAAUCAAGACAUUACAACAGCUGUUACAACAAAUCAAGACACUACAAAAACGGUUACACCAACUGCAGCCACUUCUACAGCAUACCCUGAGACAACAGCUACAGGUGCAGAUACAGCAAACACUGUGUCUACACAGCCACAAUCUGCAACAACUACACAAGGCAACUCUGGCCUAACUACAGCUGCUGACACAAGCAAAAGUACCGCCCAAAAUCUGGGGAACAUUGUUGGUACCAGUACUAAAACAAUACAGCCUGGACAAUCAUCAACAGUUACUCCCAUUGACAACAAUGGGAUUGUAACUACUGAAGGCCAAUCCCAGGAAGGUCCCGCAGAGAGUUCAACCCAACUAGGGCUUGCAGAAUACCUGGGCAUGGCAGGAGCCUUUGCUGCCCUGUUUGCCCUGACAGUGGGGGUGACCGUGUACGUCUCCAAAGCCAAGGCCCGUGCCAGAUCUGUCACACCGGAGAGAGCCAGCUACGGCAGACCAAAGGCAAGAGUGGCGUGGCAGAAUGAGAUUCUGAUGUAGACACAGUUAGAUUGCACAAAAGCAUGGAGCAUGGACUGUCAAAUAUUAGUAGAAAGAUUAGUAAGGAUUCCUAGAUAGUUAGAUGGUAGUGACUGCUGAUAGCUUCUCUUACAGGUCGUGAGAUAGCCUCUGUUGAAGAUACAAUAUUUACCUAGAGUCUAGGUCUGUCAUAGACAGUCAUACAAAAGAGUGGCAGUAGUUAUCAUAGAGUAGACCUAUUAUACGUACACAUGUACCAUACUUCAACAUUUGGUGAGGAUUGGGAACUGAUUCAGUCCUGUUCCCUGCCAAUUUUUUCCUGUAAAUACACAACUGUCAUACUUCUAUUGUUUGGGUUCUUGAGAGGAGAAAAAGUGUACACUGUACCUUAACUAUUACAUUGUACAA